AGAGAUGGGUGUACGGUAGGGUAUAGAUAUUUGAAGAAACGUGCACGAGUGGCGCUGUUACGACCCAUCCAUUAUGCAUCGCGGUGAGGACCUGCGUAGUGUCCUUUCCUUCUUUAAUUCGGACCGUAUGAGAGGAGAAAAUGGGAGCUUACAAGUAUAUGCAAGAAUUGUAUCGUAAGAAGCAGAGCGAUGUACUUCGUUUCUUGCUUCGUGUCAGAUGUUGGCAGUACCGGCAACUGACCAAGAUGCACCGUGCUCCCAGGCCAUCCCGCCCUGAUAAAGCUCGCCGUUUGGGAUACAAAGCCAAGCAAGGUUUUGUUAUCUUUAGAAUUCGCGUACGUCGUGGUGGUCGUAAGCGUCCAGUCCCCAAGGGUGCCACUUUUGGAAAACCAAAAAGCCAUGGAGUCAAUCAGCUGAAGCCCACCCGUAAACUGCAAUCCAUUGCUGAAGAGCGCGUUGGACGUCGUUGCGGCGGACUCCGCGUGCUUAAUAGCUACUGGGUAGCCCAGGAUUCGUCUUACAAAUAUUACGAGAUCAUUCUCAUAGACCCUGCCCACAAGGCGAUCCGUAAUGAUCCGAAAGUCAACUGGAUAUGCAACUCCGUUCAGAAGCACCGUGAGCUCAGAGGAAAAACAUCAGUUGGCAGGAGUUCUCGAGGAUUAGGAAAAGGUCAUCGUUACUCGCAGACAAUCGGUGGAUCCCGACGCGCUGCCUGGCUCAGAAGAAACUCAUUAUCGUUACGCCGGAAGCGCUAGGCGCUUGCCUAGCAUAUUUCUGGGGUGUUUGGUUCGCGCGAGACGGGGUAUACGCUGUUCAGCAUGUAUGGUUGUUGCGUAUGUUUCUUUACGCAGCUAUUACGUGUUGACCGUUGCCACGAGAAUAAACGCCAUUUUACUAUAUAA